AUGUUUAGACUAAACCAUUCAUCUGAAAUUUUACGGAAGUUUGAAGAGGUUACGAGGUUUAAUUCAAUAAAACAACUUAUGAAUAAUAUAAAAGAUGCUAUUCAAUGUUUCAAUGUGAAUUCUUUAAAACCAACACUUAUAGAAGUUCGACAAUUAGAUGGAUCAAUUAUUAAAAUGAAUAAAUAUGGAUCAGAAAUUGAAAAAAAUGAUAAAUCUAGUCAAUUAGAAUCUAAUUUUUCUUCUUAUGGUUUUAUUCCAAAUUUUAAUCUGGAUUUACAAAUAGGAAAAAUAGAACUUCCAGAAUUUACAAUAUUAUUUGGUUCUGUUGAUGUAGCUCAAAAUUUAAAUUUGUUAAACAAUAAUAAUGUUACACAUAUCAUUAAUCUUAUUUCAAAUAUAAUACCAAAUUAUUUUCCUGAAUAUUUUCAUUAUUUAUCACUUAUUGUUUAUGAUAAUUUAACAUUUCAAUUAAAUGAUAUUUUGAAUGAUUGUUUUAAUUUUUUAAAUAUUGUAAAACAAACUAAGGGUUGUUGUUUUAUACAUUGUGAAGCUGGUAUUUCACGUUCACCAUCUAUUAUAAUUGCUUAUUUAAUGAAAUUUUAUAAUUAUUCAUAUGAUAAUGCUUAUAAUUUAGUAAAUAAUUCUAGAAAUAUUUGUAUUAAUGUAAAUUUUAAAUCACAAUUAAUGAGAUUAAAUUGA